AUGGCUUUAGUCGUCGAUUUCACGGGUCUUCGCAAGCUUGUCACGACCGCAGACGAGGUUGUCAGGCAGCUCAAAGCGCUCGGUCCAGAAUACGAAUCUCGUGAUCCAUGGUUGAUCCAUCUCCUCGUAGAUAAGCUCGAUCGUGAAACUCGCUCUAUGUGGGCUCAAAAGGUAGUCGAUCUGGAUAAUCCAACCUUUCGGGAAUUUCUAACAUUCCUCGAGCGAAGAUGCGACGCGAUGGAGACUUAUGCGUCUUUCACCAGGAAGGGGAACGAAGUAGCAGUAAAGAAGGAUUCUGAACGAAGGGGAGAGCAGAGUACGAAGGCCGUUCCAUCAAACAAAGUGGUUCAAAGCUUCCAUGCAAGCACUCAGUUGUCCUGUCCCAUGUGUUCUCAAGCUCACACAAUCUACCAGUGUGCCAGCUUCAAAGAAAUUGUAGUAGGCGACCGGCGGGAACUUGUCCAGAGGAUCAAGCUUUGCUACAACUGUCUCAAGCCAUCACACAUCUCAAAGGAUUGCACGUCAGCAAUAGUGUGCAAACAUUGCAAGCAGAGACACCACACUCUUCUGUGUCUGGUAAAUACAAGCAACGUACAGGAUUCUGCCCAGCGUAUCGAACCUCCUGUGGCCAGUGAUAACGAAGAAAUCCUAGUUCCAAAGUCGGAAGUUGAGGAUUUUGUGGCAUCGUAUGUCACGAAUUUGGAGACCUGUCGUUCAACUGACUUCGUAAGCAUGUUGCCAACAGCAGUCGUUAAGGUCCUGGGAAAGGACAAUGUGUUUCACGAAGUACGGGCGAUUAUCGAUUCUGCUUGUAUGAGUUCGAUGAUUACCAAGCACGCCUUUCAACGUCUUGGCCUGAAGAAGCGAAAUGCCAACGUUCUGGUCAGCGGAAUCACUCCAGGAAAACACAGCAAAGCGGAUGGAGCAGUAACGCUGCAGAUCUCAUCGCGAUUCGACGAAACAAUUGUUGUCGUGGUGGAUGCACUAAUUCUCAACCAACUUGUUUCAGAUCAACCGUGCCAAAAGUUCACCGUCGAUACCGGCGCCCUCGCUGAGGCACCCUUAGCAGAUCCACAGUACAACGAACGUGGUAAAAUCGAUCUGUUAUUGGGAGUAGAAGUGUUCUUCUCCGUUCUAGAGCCAGGAAAGCUGGUAGACAAUCGCGGCAUUCCACUGGCCCAGAAUUCAGUCUUCGGCUACUUGGUGGGUGGCCGUUUUGAAGCUUCAUCGCAAAAUGCUCGUAGCAACGCGGUGAUCAACCUAGUUACCGAGGUCAACUUGGAUCAAACGUUGCGGAAGUUUUGGGAAGUAGAGGAAAUACCAAAUGUCAAAAUACUGACUGAAGACGAAUGCCGUGCAAUCGACCAUUUCAAUUCAACCGUCUCACGAAGUGCGGAUGGACGAUACGUUGUUCGUUUACCUUUCGACGACACGAAAUCGGAGCUUGGUGAAUCUGCUACCGCUGCCAUCCGGCGCUUCUAUGCAAUGGAGCGGAAGUUCAGCAUCGAUCCACAACUCAAGCAGCUCUACACGCAGUUCAUGACUGACUACUUGGCGCUUGGUCAUAUGGAGAAGAUUUCCCCUGCGGAAGUUCCCGUGCCAGCGAACAAAUGUUUUUACCUUCCGCAUCAUGCCGUGUGGAAAGAAGACAGCUCGACAACAAAAUUACGCGUUGUUUUCGACGCGUCAAGUAGGAGCGCAUCUGGAGUUUCUCUGAACGACCGUUUGCUGGUUGGACCCAACGUGAACGAACCUCUCUUCAAUGUUUAUUGUCGUUGGCGUACCUAUCGAUAUGCGUUCACGGCUGACGCAGAAAAAAUGUACCGGCAGCUUUGGACUAGUGCAGUAGACACCGAUUAUCUACGGAUUGUGUGGCGCAGUGAUCCAGAUGAGCCAUUGGAGCAUUACCGCUUGCUAACAGUGACAUAUGGUACAGCGUGUGCAGCGUAUCAAGCGAUGGCUGCCCUUCGAAAAGUCGCUGAAGAUAACAAGGAGGAGUUUCCUCUAGCAGCAGAACGAAUACCAAAAAAUUUCUAUGUUGAUGAUCUGCUAUCUGGGGCGAAUACGAUCGAGGAAGCUAUACAUCUUCGGAACGAAAUCAGGGAUGUUCUGGCGAUUGCAGGCUUUAACCUGCGCAAGUGGAACAGCAACGAACGUCAGCUCCUGGGAUCUGUAGCCAGUGAGGAAAUCUUUUCGAUCAAGUUGCCGCAGGAAGAAGAUACUGUGAAGGCUCUCGGGAUACGAUGGAUACCACAGGAUGACAUUUUUUAUUUCAAGGUUUCAUUCGACAUCAACAGUCACCUCUGGCUGUAUGACCUGCAAUGGGAUGAUCCGCUGCCUGCCUGUAUUUGCGACGAGUGGAUCGAAAUGAAAGAAACGCUUCACCACAUCGAAACGCUCCGCAUCAAUCGGUGGAUCUCACAUCAAGACGGGAGGCUACAGCUCCAUGGAUUUGCAGAUGCCUCUGAAGCGGCCUACGCUGCCGUGGUUUACGCUCGCUCUAUGGAUGAAGAUGGAAAAGUAUGCGUUAAUAUUGUGGCUGCUAAGACCAAGGUGGCACCAAUUCAGCAAAUUUCAUUACCAAGGCUAGAAUUAUUGGCAGCAGAUUUGCUAGUGGACUUGAUGACAAGACUCAUGGAUUCGUUUUCGGAUCUGAAAGUUGAGUUAUUCGCGUGGACGGAUUCGUCCAUCGUUCUACAAUGGCUGUCGUCGCAUCCUCGAAAGUGGAAGACCUUUGUGGCUAAUCGUACCUCGACAAUUCUCAACUUUCUUCCAAGAAAUCGGUGGUAUCACGUUGCAUCUAUGGAAAACCCCGCCGAUUGUGCUUCGCGAGGUGUUUCACCGAUCGAGUUGGUGAACCACGCUCUCUGGUGGACUGGCCCCAGCUGGCUCAAGGAAACUACUACAACCUGGGUAUCAUCACAUGAAGACGAGAUAUUUGAGGAUGAAGAGAUGUUGGAAAGACGGGCAAAAGUAACGUGUUUGUCAACUAAUGUCAUUCCAAACCGCAAUUAUGACAUAGAAAACUUCCUGCUGAAUCGUUACUCAGAUUUGAAUCGCAUUCGACGCAUUUUGUGCUGGGUCAACCGAGUUGCCACGAACCUCAAAGCUAAAUUGUACGGUACUCAAAGCUUCAGUGGACCAUUGACUCCCAAAGAGAUUGACGACGCUUGUCUGCAACUGGCUCAAGCAGCUCAACAGGAUACCUUUCGAUCGGAGUUAGAGUCACUACAACGAAAUUCCACUCUACCGAACAACAGUAAGCUCAAGACACUGUACCCCUUUAUCGAUUCCUGUGGCACUCUAAGGGUAGGUGGCCGACUACAGAAUUCUGCUCAACCUUACGACAUUCGUCAUCCAGUUAUCCUACCGAAGUUACAUCGGUAUACGCAGCUGCUGCUGUCAGAAAUCCACUUGAGAAAUCUACAUGCUGGACCGAUCUUGAUGAUCGCAACAUUAAAUCAACGGAACUGGAUCAUCGGUUGUCAAGCCGUCGUUCGUGCCUUCGUCGAUAGUUGUGUGCAGUGCUGUCGGAUGAAAGGAAAAACUUCAACGCAGUUAAUGGGAAGCCUACCAAGUGUCCGCACGAUGCCAACUCGACCAUUUGUUCACACGGGCGUCGACUACGCAGGUCCAAUACUUAUUCGCACCAGCAAUCUACGCGCAGCGAAGACAUCCAAAGGUUAUGUGGCCGUUUUUCGUUUUACCAGUCGUCGUGGAUUAUGUCAUCAUAUCUGGUCCGACAACGGCACUAAUUUUGUGGGUGCCGACAGAGAAAUCAGAAGGUACUUACAGUCCGAAAAGUUCAACGAAGCAGUAGGUCAAUAUCUCGGUGAUUUGAAAGUGAAAUGGACGUUCAUCACACCGUCAGCCCCCCAUAUGGGUGGAAUUUGGGAGGCAGCGGUUAAGAGUAUGAAAAAGCACCUAAGGGCAGUCGUCGGAAACAAAACUUUGACGUUCGAGGAUCUUGGUACGGUAUUAAGCCAAGUCGAGGCAUGUUUGAAUUCUCGGCCUCUAUGCCAGCUGUCAUCAUCUAUCGACUCCUGUGAAGCCCUCACUCCAGGGCACUUCAUCAUUGGUCAACCUUUGAAUCUGCUGCCCCAGCCCGACGUCAGCCACAUUCCAGAGAAUCGUUUGGAUAGAUGGCAACGUAUUCAACAGUAUACAACAGCUAUAUGGAACCGUUGGAGGGAUGAAUAUGUAGCCACUCUUCAACCUCGGAACAAGUGGCAUGCAGUACAACAGAACCUUACGUCGGGACAACUAGUUCUAAUCAAGAACGAGAAUACUCCUCCUGCAGCUUGGGAUCUUGCUCGUGUUGUGAACACACAUCCAGAUCGCUACGGAAUCGUACGCACCGUGACCCUUCGUCGAGGACAAAUGGAAUACCAGCGGCCGGUGCAUAAAUUGGUUUUCCGCUGUGCGAGCGAGCAUCGAGAGAAAAGAAGAACAUAA